AUGCCUGGAGGACCGCUGGAUCUUGGGAAGUUCCUACCAGUGCGGAUCCUGGUGCUCGUCAGCUUCGGCCUCCAAGUCGUCCUCUUCGUCUGCGCUGGAGUCCGUCGACAUGAAGCCACCGGCGUGUGGAGGCUGCGGAGGCUACUCCUCUGGCAAGCAUACAUUAUGGCGGACUACAUGGCCAUAUAUGCCCUUGGCCACCUCUCCCUCAGGAGCAAGGCACACGAUCACCAGCUCGACGCGUUUUGGGCGCCGUUUCUCCUGCUGCACCUCGGCGGCCCGGACAACAUCACCGCCUACGCACUCCAGGACAACCAGCUCUGGCUUCGCCACCUCCAAACCCUUGUUCUGCAGGUCGGCGGAGCAGCCUAUGUCAUCUACAAGAACAGAGCCGGCAGUGUCGCCCCCAAACUGAUCUUCGCGGUUGGCCUUGUCAAGUACGUGGAGAGGACAUGGGCACUGAAGUGCGGCAACUUGGACAGCAUCCGCAUCUCCGUCAAGACGCAACCACCUGCCAUGCAUAAACAUUCUCACCGCCAGGAUGAAGUGCCUUCUUCGAAAAAGAAUGAAGAUCAGUUUGACGAGGAAUCCCAUUUGCGACGAGCUCACUCUCUGUUCCACAUCUGCAAGCGUGCCAUGGUUGAUUGUUCGGUGUUCGUAAAGGAUCCAGACGGCCGGCAGGACACCCGGAAAAUGAUGGCGGGCAAAGUGGAGCUAUGGAGAUUAAUGGAGACCGAGCUCUCCCUCAUGUAUGACAUCUUGUACACCAAGGCAGCUGUCAUCCACACCUGGCACGGGUACUGCAUCCGUCUCAUCUCGCCAAUAGCAACCUUUGUGUCUCUGGUGCUUUUCCGGCUAAGCGGCAACGACAAGGACGACGGCCGCCGAAGAGCUGAUGUCAUUAUCACCUACGUCUUGUUUGUCGGUGCCUUGUUCAUGGAGACCACAUCCCUGCUGAACGCGCUGGUGUCCUCUUGGGCAUUCGCGUUCCUGAGCACAACAAGAUGGCGCCGGUUUCGCUACGAAGCCCUGUGCAGCGAAAGAUGGGACCGUCUAAGGCGCAAGGUCGUAUCUCUCCACCAUUUUGUCAUGGGAGAAGGCAGCAGGUAUGAGUCGAGGAGGUGGUCGGGCAACAUGGGGCAGUACAACAUGAUGCACUUCUGCACCCGCCCGGACACGCCGAUGACCAGCCCUCUGCUCGGCAGGCUGGCCAAGGCGGUGCGUCUCAUGGAGACGUGGAACAAGAAGCACUACUCAGGGACCGUCAACAUUUCAGACUAUCCUCUGAUCAGGGAGCGUAUCGCCGGACGUAUGGGGCAACUGUACAAGGACGUGGGGCUGAAUUCGCUGGGAAUGCUGAGGAAGAAGUGGGGUGAGGAACCACUUGCUCGCAGGGGCUUGUACCGGGGAUUUCUCCAGAAGUCCCUCGGUGUCGAGUUCCAGGAGGGCAUCAUCAUCUGGCACAUCGGCACCGACGUCUUCCUCUCCAAGAGCGAGAGAGCCAAGGCCGAGGCCGCAUCGCCUCGUCCUCUUGGUCUCGUGAAGGCGAUCAAGGUGCUGUCCAACUACAUGAUGUUUCUACUAGUGGAACGCCCUUACAUGCUUCCGGGCAACGCCCAGAGCAGGCUGUACCAACGGACUAACGAAAACCUUGGCGACCUGCGGAAGCGGUCGACUCUUGGGCGACGUCGCAAAAUGAGUAUCUGUGCUAUGGUGAAGAGUAUGUUCCGCCUGCGCGAUGGCCCGGGCUCAACUUCUUCCAGGCCCAGCGAUGGCGAGGAGCUUGCAAAACACCUAUAUCGUGAGCAUGUCAAUGGCAGCACCAAGUUCACCCAUGAGUGUCCUCGUCUCACCUAUGCAGCCCGACUUGCCCAGGAACUGCUGGAAAUGGAGAAACAUAAGCUGGAUGAUUCGUUGCAGCUUGUCCUUGAGGUGUGGAUGGAUCUCCUGGUCUAUGCGGGCAACAAAUGCAGCAAAGAGUCCCACGCCAAGAAGCUCAACGAUGGUGGUGAGUUGACGACCAUCAUCUGGCUCAUGGCAGAACACCUCCAUCAACUCUCUGUUGAGGAGGAUAGCUACCAGGGUUUACUCAGGGAAGAUGGUGUAUAA